GGAAAAACUGAUGCCUGCCAUGGAUCGGAAAGCCGGCUCUUCCUCGGCCAAAAAGUUCCACUGUUCCCAAUGCUCGAGAUCAUACACGAAGUUGGAGCAUCUACUAAGGCAUCAAAGAACUCAUUCGAAUUCCAAACCCUUUCAAUGCAAUCAAUGUGGUCGGAGCUUCGGGCGCAAGGAUGUCCUGGGAAGACAUGAGAGGCUUCAUGCCUCGCAGCCACAACAAGCCAAUUCAAGCCCAGAGACAACACGUCCGGUGACAAGUCAUGAAACUCUCUCAGAAAUGCCUGGGUCCUCUAGCCUAGAGGCACCUGGCUUAUUGGAUAUACCAUCAUUUGAACAGCCGGAUUUGUCGAUCAACCAUGAUAUGAUGGAAUGCGACAACCUGCUAGAAUGGCUCAUGCCAGACUUUCUAGGCUCAUCUGACAUUCCACUGCCUUCCAUAGACUAUUUUCAUCAUCUGAACCCACGAGCCCCACCCGAAUCGGGUUUUCCAACAACUGAUGACCUCCAAGGGCAUUCUCCACACGAACCUGGCAAGACUGCUGUGCAACAAAGCUACCGAUUGAUAGAUGAUCUAACAAAAAGAUUUCAUACGGAGUUACAUCAAUCCGGCAUUACCACGGAAUUUCUGGACUUCUGUUUGACAGAGUUCUUUGGCAGAAUAUCACCUUGUUUCCCGGUUAUCCACGAACCUACCUUUACCCCGAAAGAGACGCUCCCUCCUCUCUUACUCAACAUGGUUGCUCUUGGCUCCUUGUUCGUAUGUCACCCUGGGUCCUUAGAAAAGGGUGAGACGCUCUGGCGACUUGGUCAUAUUGCAGUCGCAACCUCGUGGCAAACUCUGAUCGGCCUGAGAGGCCCACGCGAUAGCUGUGACGGUGUUCAGUUGGUACUCACGGCCCUCCUAGGCCAGACCUACGCACUGCUAUCUAGAAAUGAAGACAUACGUACCACAGCGCUUGUAUGGCACGGCUUGGGCUUUUACUGGGCCCGGGUAUCUGGCAUGUAUGCAGUGGAAGACUUGCAGCAGGAUGAGAUACCAUGUGCUGAAUCCUGUGAGCCCGAGAAAAAUGCGGCUUGGAGGAGAUGGGCUGCCAUUGAAGUUCAGCGUCGCAGUAUAUUAGGCCAUUAUAUUAUCGAUGGAUUGAUUUCACAGACUUCCGGCUCGCCGGCGAGCGCGCGACAUUUAAUCAACUCCCUCGUUGCAUCUUGUUCGGAUGGCGCAUUUUCGGCCAAAACUGCCGAUGACUGGAUUGUGGAGAUGAAGAAGUCAACCUCUAGCCGCAAGCCUUUCAACGAAAUAUUUGUUUCGAUUUUCUCUUCUGAUUAUAGCGCUAACCCGCUUUCGUUGCCAAGAUUUUCAAUCUCAGUUGUCUUGGAAGGGAUACAGUCACUCAUUGCAGAUCUCCGAGAGACAAGUGGUCCUGUGGUUGGGUCUAUAUCCAAGCAGCAGAUCAUCAAAGCCCUUAUUAAUCUUUAUGAGAAUAAUCUUUCGGGUCAGAAAUCUGCAGAUGACAUCGCGCUACUCCUUCGAUGGCACACCAUUUGUCUGGAGUUAUCCACUCCCUCUGUUCUUCUAUAUAGGGAAUUAUGUCAGGCCUACGGUAUUCCAGAAUCGCUAACAGACCAGGCCACGAAAGCGAAUCAUGGAAACGAACCACUUCAUCUCAGCCAAUGGGCUAGUAGUACCAAUGCUACAAGGGGAAUUCUGCAUGCCAUAGCCAUUUCUAAGCUACUCCACCAUAUUUCUCUGAAGCAGGCUCAUGCGCCGCAUAUUCCAGCUUCCAUCUUUGCCUCUGGCAUGACCAUUGGUGGCUACUGUCUGGCAAAUGGCAAAGUGGCCAUCCUUCCAAGGGACUUAGUAUGGCGAGAUGUGUGGCAUGCAGUCUUGAGCGGAAAUGUGUCUUUGCCUCCAGAAUCAACCGAGAGUUCAAACCUCCAGCAAACUCUCGGAAAGAGUUCACACCCAGUUCAUCUACCUCAAGAGCUAAAUUCCCUUCUAAUCGGAUUACGGACGAUUGCAUCACGAUGGAGCAUAUCGUCUCAUCUAGAUCGAGUGAUACAGCAUUUAUCCGAGCUUGCGAGGAAUUCACCGAGUGUAUGA